AUGUUGCUAGGAUUCACAUCCCGGCAGUCUACGAGGCUGAAGUCCGUUCGCUGCUUCAGCGCUUCCUUUCCCCGACUCGCCGUCUCUCAGACUUCUUCUCGACUGGACUUACGUGCCAUCGAUGCCAAAUGGCAGCAGAAAUGGGCCUCAGAGGCCGCCUUGUCAAGACGACAACAGCCUUCGAACAAAUUUUAUGUCCUUCCCAUGUUUGCAUAUCCGUCAGGAUCUUUGCAUAUGGGCCACCUGCGCGUCUACACGAUUUCGGAUGUCAUAGCUCGCUACAGGCGGAUGAGAGGCAAUGAGGUGCUACACCCCACUGGCUGGGACGCCUUUGGGUUGCCGGCCGAAAAUGCUGCCAUCGAACGUGGGAUUGAUCCAGCCAUCUGGACGGAAGAAAACAUAGCAAAAAUGAAAAGGCAGCUUCAGAGCAUGAACACGAGCUUUGAUUGGGAUGCUGAAAUAUCAACCUCUUCGCCAUCAUUCUACAAGCACACUCAAGCUAUCUUUCUCAAGCUGUAUCAGCGUGGACUGGCGUACCAAGCAGAGGCUCUGGUGAAUUAUGAUCCGGUUGACAAGACGGUCCUUGCUAAUGAGCAGCAGGUCGACAGCCAUGGCCGCUCUUGGAGGUCUGGAGCGUUGGUGCAACAGAUCAAACUUCGCCAGUGGUUCUUUCGCAUCACAGAAUACCGGGAAGCUCUGCUCCGAGACCUAGACUAUCUGGCUGAAGGUGACAAGUGGCCGGAAAGAGUGUUGUCUCAGCAGCGAAAUUGGAUCGGUCGGUCUUCCGGUGCACGCAUACAGUUUGACCUACAAAACGAUGCGGGAAAGUCGGUGCCUAUCCGUGUGUUCACGACACGACCGGACACAUUAUUUGGUGUCAAAUAUGUCGCCUUAUCAAUGACCCAUCCGCUUGUGGAACAGCUGGCUACAGAGGAUCCCGAGUUACAACGCUUCCUCGAUAGACGGGCCUCCUUCGCUCCGGACUCCAAGGAGGGAUUCGAGUUACCUCUCCGCGCUAUCAACCCACUAUCCCACACCCUGGAUUCGAAGAUGGAGUCGCUACCAGUCUUCACUGCACCCUACGUACUGGAAGAUUAUGGUGAGGGAGCGGUCAUGGGUGUUCCCGCCCAUGAUUCUCGAGAUCUCAGCUUUUGGAAACUGCACAGACCGUUAGCUCCCAUCACUAGGGUCGUUGCACCUGCAAACACCAAUACAGAUCAGACCAAAUUGUAUCCUUCGGAGUUGAUGGAGGCGUACACCGUACCCGGUGUCUUGACCUCGGCUUGCGGCUCUUAUGCUGGCUUGGCCAGUAGAGAUGCUGGUGUCCAGAUCGUGAACGACUUGAAGAAGCAUAACCUGGCAGAGCCUUAUGAGACAUGGAGAUUGCGCGAUUGGCUAGUAAGCCGACAAAGAUACUGGGGAACACCCAUCCCUAUUGUGCAUUGCCCAGAUUGCGGAAUAGUUCCUGUUCCUGUGGACGAGCUGCCAGUUGUACUACCUCGAUUGGAUUCAUCUAUCAAGGGACAAACAGGCAAUCCGCUGGACAAGAUCGAGGCAUGGGUCAAUUGCAAAUGCCCCAAGUGUAGCGGAUCUGCCAGAAGAGAGACGGAUACGAUGGACACAUUCGUCGACUCUUCCUGGUAUUUUAUGCGCUUCCCAGAUCCAAGCAACGAGAAGGAGCCUUUCUCCAAACAGUCCGCAGCAAGCAUGCUACCGGUCGAUAUAUAUGUUGGUGGCGUGGAGCACGCCAUUCUGCACCUACUCUAUGCUCGAUUCUUUUACAAGUUUCUGUGCAGCGAAGGCCUUGUUCCAGCCCGAGUGGGCAAUGAGGAGCCCUUCCAGCGUCUCGUGGCGCAAGGUAUGGUCCACGGAAAAACAUUUUCCGAUCCGGACACUGGCCGCUUCCUGUUACCGGGGGAAGUGGACCUCGAUGGCGAAACUCCUGUCAUGAAGACGACAGGAAAGCCUGCCAAUGUGACAUGGGAGAAAAUGUCCAAGAGCAAGCACAACGGCGUGGAUCCAUCCGCCGCGAUUGAAAAGUUCGGCGCAGACGCUCUGCGAGCUCACAUUCUCUUCGCAGCUCCAGUCAGCGAAGUUCUACAAUGGGAUGAAGAAAAGAUCGUCGGCAUUCAGAGGUGGUUAGGCCGCGUGAACCGUCUUGUGUCUGACCUCGUUGCCGAAGGAGAAACUAUUGGCGACGUCGAUGACUUGCAAACGAGCCUCGAUGAUCUGACUGCGCUCUCUGAACACGAAAUCAAUAUGUUACUGCUAGCGCAGGCAACGAGUCGGAGUAUUUCUCACACCUUCUCGAAUGAUGUGUACAGUCUGAAUACCGCAGUCUCCGAUCUUAUCAAACUUACAAACGCGCUUCACGACAUCGGAGUGAAGAACCUAAAUCCGACUAUUGCGUAUCAUACAGUUUCGGCCCUCCUCCGAAUGAUGGCUCCGAUCACGCCCGCCUUUGCCGAAGAAUGCUGGGAAAGUUUGAGGACUGGCGACGAUGCAGGAAGUAUAUUCAGCACAACUUGGACCGGAGACAUAAUAACGCCCGAACAAGAAUCGUCUAUGCGAAGCCGUAAGACAUUCAUCACAUGCGCGGUCCAGAUCAACGGCAAGCUUCGAUUCACGACGCAAAUCCCCUCCGAUCAAUCCCAGAGCACCGCUGCCGGCGACAAAGCCGCGAGAGAGGCGGAGAUAGUCGACGCGGUUCUCAAGACGGAUGAAGGCCGUUUGUGGCUAACGGUGAAAUAUGACUGGGAGCAGCGGAAAAGAGUGGUUGUUGUUGGUGGAGGCAAAGUAUUGAACGUGGUUUUCUGA